AUGACGUCCGACUCGAACAGAAAAGUAGAGCUAGUGCUCCUCCCUGGACUUGGGAUGGGUCACCUCGUGCCAAUCGUCCAGUUCGCACAGCGGAUCGUUGAUCAUGACCGUAGAUUCUCCGCCACCAUACUCAGCAUUCAAGUCCCCGGCGACUCACUCGUCACCGCCUACGCUCAAUCACGAGCCACCUCCUCCGCGAGUUUACGUUUUGUGGACCUCCCCAUGGUGGAACCACCUUCACCUGACCUUUUCCAAACACCGAUAGGCUUCAUGUCACUGUUCAUACAAAAACUCAAACCCCACGUAAAGCAUGCAAUCACCAACCUCAUGUCGACUCGGUCCGAGUCCGACUCGGUCAUACUCAUCAUUGACACGUACUGUAUGACGAUGAUCGACGUGGCUAACGAGCUCGGCAUCCCUUGCUACCUCUUCUUCCCAUCGCCGGCCGCUUUCCUCGGUUUGAUGCUCCACCUCCCGACCCUUGACCAACAAAUCACCACCGAGUUUCACGAGUCCGGCACUAUGUUGGAGGUGCCGACUUUUGCCAACUCAGUUCACCCACUCGUCCUACCCUCUGUUCUAUUGAGCAGAACUCAAGAUGGGUACUCUUGGUACCUCUAUCAUGGUCGGAGGUACAAGGAGACAAAGGGUAUUAUUUUAAAUACGUUUCAAGAACUCGAACCGUUUGCUCUUAACUCGUUUUUGGGUACCCACGACAUACCACCGGUUUAUCCGGUCGGACCGUUGGUUGACACCUGUGGGUUGAACCGACCGGAUUCAGACCAAUCCCACCAAGACAAGGUUUUGAAGUGGCUUGAUCAUCACCCCCAAUCAUCUGUGGUUUUCUUCUGUUUUGGAAGCUUGGCCAGUAUAAGUGGGGCCCAAGUGAGAGAGAUAGCAACUGGUCUUGAGCGAACCGGGCAACGGUUUUUGUUGUCACUGCGCCGACCGGAGGCUUUCGAGUCACGCGACUACACUGAUCCAGACGAGGUGUUGCCGAAUGGGUUUUUGGAAAGAACUGCUGAGGUGGGUUUGAUUUGUGGGUGGGUCCCGCAUGCGACAAUCCUGGCCCACAAGGCAAUCGGAGGGUUGGUGUCUCACUGUGGGUGGAACUCGUUUAUGGAGAGCUUGUGGUACGGCGUACCGGUUGCCACGUGGCCGGUUUUUGGAGAACAAAAGAUGAUAGCAUUGGAGCUGGUGAGGGAGCUGGGAUUGGCGGUGGAGAUGAGAUCACCGGCUUACAUGGACGGUGGUGAUUUGGUUUUGGCGGAGGAGGUGGAGAGGGGAGUGAAAGGUUUAAUGGACGGUGAUGGUGAGUUGAGGAGAAAGGUUAAGGAAAUAAAUGAGAAAAGCAGGAAGGUUGUGAUGGAAAAUGGUUCAUCAUUUGUUCGCAUGGGAGAAUUGGUAGAGGAGCUUAUGAAGGCAAACAUUUGAUGGGCUCCUCAAUUAUUAUUUUUUUUUUUCCGUGCCAUGGUUCAAUUUUUUUGUACCUUGUUUGUUGUUUUUUACGUGGUUUUUUUGUUUUGGUUACUUGGUGGUUUGUAUUUUGACUUUAUUCUAAGGUCCCCAAUGUUAAAAAUUAUUUUAGAAAUAUCAAAUUUAUAUUUUGACAGGUGCUACAAUGUCAAAAUGUUAUAUUUUAGCAAUUCUGUUCCAAUAGUGCAUUUCAUACAAAAUACUAUUUUUUGAUACAAUCACCCUUCUUUUUCAACUACCAUUCCCAC